AUGGCGAUGGUCCCGCCUUCAGGCCUUAGUUGGUCGUGCCGUAAACCGUUGGAUAUGUCCACAAAGAUUCCAAAUAGUUCUAUCUGCGAUGUGUGCGGAUCAACAGGAGCGAAAAUUCAUUAUCGUGCUAUGGCCUGUGGGAGCUGCAAAGUAUUUUUUGUCCGAGCAAUUGCUAGACCUGUUCCGUUUGUCUGUGAUAACAAUGGCCAAUGCACUGUGACUAAAGAAAGAAGGAAUUCCUGCAAAGCAUGUCGCUUUGUGUGUUGUCUCAAAGCAAACAUGACGGAAAAAGAUGUUGGGCGACUUAGGAAGAAUGCAUCGAAGGGUAAAAGUAAUUCCGUUGUGCCUUACCUAUCCGCCGACGAGAUCAAAGUGAAACUGAACGAACUCUAUGAAGAAACGAGUAUUGGUUCUCAUUUUGCUCAAAGCCUUGAGAAAACUGCGAAGGCUUCAGACUAUGCUAAAUUAUUAGUUCAUAUAGAAAGGCUAUGUGAUAAUCCUUAUGCCGCAAGAUCUGCCUUCGAAUACUCGCUGGAUCUUUCACUUGCUGAGGUAUUAAGGAAACCGCAGUUGUGUUGCUCUAGGACACCGAUGGGAUGGAAUCAAGACCAAUUUGUCGAGCCGGACAAUCUCCUAGAUAUUCUCAAACAAAUUUACUGCCGCACAGUGACCAUGUUUGCCGAUUUUGCUUCUGUAUGUCCAGAGCUAGCGUUAUUAGAAGAAAAAGAUAAGCUACUGUUCCUACUUGUCAAACGACAUCCAUUCUCAUGGAGUGAUAAGACAUUUAGCUACAUCUCUCUAGCUCGUGGUGUGCUGUUCUUAACUGGAAUCAUAGCCUGUCCUCUCCUUCUUACCUUGGUUCAUUGGUUGGGCAAGGGCAGUUUGAUGAUAUUGUUUGGUAUUAGUGCAUCGGCAGCAUCGUUCUUUGUUAUUGCCCAAGCUAACACUACUCUGGAAACCUUCUUGAUGGCAAAUGUACCGCCAAUGGAGCAGUACGUCAAUCAGAGUUCAGCAAUUGCUUUGCAAGGAACAGCAGCACAAGCUACACUGCUUCUUUCGGGAUACUGGACUUGGGCAAACUUUGAAAGAAGUCAUGCGGCUUGUGUUAUCUCUCACGUAGCUAUUCUUUCGGCAGGACUUAUCUCUGUCAAACUUCGAGCAUUACGUGUGCAUGAACUCUUGAAUACCGUGAAAGAUCUCGUCCUUAACAUACACAUGGUACUGUCAAAUACGGUGAAGCUCAAGGAGUUUGGGAACGACUUCGAAAUGAUUGUAGGCUUGAUGCGUGUUGCCAAGGGUUAUCAGACAGAUCGUGAUCUGGGGUUCGCGUCACACAAAUGGAGAAUUUGGAUGGCAUAA